ACUCUGCCUUCCCUUUCAAGGGGCUGGAGACCUCUCACCGAAGUUCACACAUCUAUGAUGUAAAUGCCUACUUCUGAGGCUAGGAAGCUUGAGAAAAAAUUCACACUGGAUGAAAAUAUUUUUCUGAAGCUGGGUAUAUUCCAGGAACUGUAACCCAAAUGUUUCUCUGUCCGUGGAGAAGAUUUCACAUUUGAAAUAACUUCUACUGAAGCUAGUUGUGUCCCAUCAACAUGUUCUGGAAGUUCGAUUUGAACACGACAUCACAUGUGGACAAGCUGCUGGAUAAAGAAGAUGUGACGCUUCACGAGCUGAUGGACGAAGAUGACAUCUUACAGGAGUGCAAGGCUCAGAACCGCAAGCUGCUGGACUUCCUCUGCCAGCAGCACUGCAUGGAGGAGCUGGUCAACCUCAUCACACAUGAGCCCCCCGUGGAUAUGGACGAGAAGGUCCGCUUCAAAUAUCCAAACACAGCCUGUGAACUGCUGACCUCGGAUGUGCCGCAGAUCAACGACAAGCUAGGAGGGGAUGAAACUCUGCUGAAUAUCCUCUAUGACUUCUUGGAUCACGAGCCUCCUUUGAACCCUUUGCUUGCCAGUUUCUUCAGUAAGACUAUUGGGAAUCUCAUUGCAAGAAAAACGGAGCAGGUGAUUGCAUUUUUAAGGAAAAAAGACAAAUUUAUUAGCCUGGUGCUAAAGCAUAUAGAUACAUCAGCAAUGAUGGACCUCCUACUUCGUCUAAUCAGCUGUGUGGAGCCUGCAACUCUACGGCAGGAAGUACUGAAUUGGCUCAAUGAAGCAAAGAUUAUUCAGAGACUUGUGGAGCUGAUCCAUUCGAGCCAGGAUGAGGACAGGCAAUCAAAUGCAUCCCAGACCCUGUGUGAUAUCAUAAGAUUGAGCAGAGACCAGAGCAAUCAACUCCAGGAUAUACCUGAGCCUGAUCCACUUCUCACAGCACUGGAAUCGCAGGAAUGUGUGGAGCAACUCCUGAAGAAUAUGUUUGAUGGAGAACAGACUGAAAAUUGCAUAGUGAAUGGGACACAAGUUCUUCUAACAUUGCUGGAAACAAGGCGCUCUGGGGUGGAAGGACUGAUGGACUCAUACACUCAGGGAUUUGAAAGGUCUUACACUGUCAAUAGCAGCAUCUUACACGGUAUUGAACCCCGGCUAAAGGACUUCCACCAGCUGCUGCUCAGCCCUCCCAAGAAAACAGCAAUCCUAACUACAAUUGGUGUCUUGGAGGAGCCACUGGGGAAUGCUCGUCUUCAUGGAUCUCGUCUAAUAGCUGCUCUGCUUCACACAAACACUCCCAGUAUUAAUCAGGAACUAUGCAGACUCAGUACCAUGGAUUUAUUACUUGACUUAUUUUUUAAAUACACAUGGAAUAACUUUUUGCAUUUCCAAGUGGAAUUGUCCAUAGCAGCUAUUCUCUCACACUCUGUACAAGAGGGAAAAACUACUACUAAUGACCUAGAAAGCAAAGAAGAGGUGCUGAAUGGAAAUGUGGCCCCAGAGAACUCGGAGACUCCAGAAAACAAUACCGAGAAUAUCAUGGUUACUCAUCUGUUCCAGAAAUGCUGCCUAGUGCAAAGGAUAUUGGAUGCCUGGGAAGCCAAUGACAAGAUACAGGCAGAAGGUGGAAUGAGGCGAGGCAACAUGGGCCACCUCACGCGGAUAGCCAACGCUGUGGUACAGAACAUGGAGAAGGGCCCCAUGCAGACUCAGAUUAGUGAGUUCAUUAAAGAGCUACCCGAAGAUUGUAGAGGGAGAUGGGAGAGUUUUGUAGAAGAGACGCUGACGGAAACAAACAGGAGAAAUACAGUGGAUUUGGUGAGCACUCAUCAUCUGCACUCUUCCAGUGAGGAUGAAGACAUUGAGAGUGCUUUUCCCAAUGAACUUUCUCUCCAGCAGGCCUUCUCCGAGUACCAGAUCCAGCAGAUGACAGCGAACUUUGUGGAUCAGUUUGGCUUUAACGACGAGGAGUUUGCAGACCAGGAUGACAACAUCAAUGCUCCCUUUGACAGGAUCGCAGAGAUUAACUUCAAUAUAGAUGCAGAUGACGACAGUCCCAACGCUUCCCUCUUUGAAGCCUGCUGCAACGAGCGGAUCCAACAGUUUGAUGACAAUGAGGAGGAGGAAGAUAUCUGGGAAGAGAAGGAGAUAACCUAUGCAACCCAAGUGAAAUCAAGAACACGAUUUGGAGCGUCACAGACCUCAGAGAGUUCAUCAAAAAGUGAUCUUGAGAAUGGAGAUCACGACGGCAGCGUGGACUCCGAAGAAGAGGAGGAAACAGAGCAGCAGCCGCCUCCUUCCUCAGCAAACAGCAACAAGAAUAAUAUUUCUGAGCAGAAAGACUCUGACUCCUCUGAAGGGUCCGGGUGGACAGCGGUGUUCGAGCCCGUGAACUCCAAGCCCCCCGCGCCCUGCGUGGCCAUGGACGUUGGCUCGAGCGUGUGGGACUCGGCGGCCCCGGAGAGCACCACACCGGAGGAGAAGGGCUGGGCAAAGUUUACAGACUUCCAGCCUUUCUGUUGCUCAGAAUCGGGUCCACGAUGCAGUUCUCCUGUCGACACAGAAAGCAGUGAUUCAGAUGGAAACCUGAAGCAGAGUCAAGACAAGAACUUCAGCGCUGCCUCUCCCUGCGUUUGGAACGUCUGUGUCACGAGGAAAGCGCCGCUGGUGGCCUCGGACAGCAGCUCCUCCGGGGGCUCCGACAGCGACGAGGAGGAGGACAAAGCCGAUAUCGUCACGGAAACCAUCAGCACGGGCUCGGGGCAGGAGACCGUCAAGCUGACUGUGGAUGCUAAAAACGAGAAGGCUGUUUUCACCAGAGUAUUUAGACCUGCAGUCAGAGGUGAUGCAGACUGCAUGGUUAUUGAUAAGCUGGCCAUCACUGACAUCGGAACGACAAAAGCACCCAAACCCCUGAACAAUGUGGCCCAGCACUCGGAGGAGCUCCAGAACACUGCUGCUGUUGUCACAGCCGUCACGGAAACGGCCACAAAAGACAGGAAAGAAGAAGUCUUGCCCUGUGCUGAAGCCACAUUAAAUGGCCCUGCUUGAUGAAACAGAUGCAAUGGGACGUGUGUGAUCCAGGCCAGGCUGCUACCUGGUGAUGCAAUUUGUCAAUUUUUUUUUUUUCAUUUUAAUUUUAUUUUUUAAUAAAUGCUGCAUUGAUGAGAGAGCUGGCAUUCAGGACCAGACAUGCAGUUUCAACACCAACAAUCUGUUCUGAAAGACACUUGCAUUGUCUAAAUGUAGCAUUGAUCAGUUAGUCAUCACAGGAAUGAUGGGGUUCUUCCCAAGCAAGCCUUCUGCCUAAUUUUAGUUCCUUGUCCCCUUCCCUCUCUCCCUUGUUUUUGUUUUGUAUUUGGGGUUCAGUCCUAUUUUCUUAGUGUUAUUGCACACAGUAUUCAGCUUCUCUUCAGAAAGGUAGCAGGUCUAACGCUGGGACUUGGACAGUGCACAAGAGUCCCGCAGUCGUGUGACCAAAGUUCCUGAUGGAGCUGUCUUUGGGCAGCAUUUGCACCGCUUUUGUAUAGCAAUAAAGCCUUAUCAGAAACAUUUCAUAGGAGGAAAAGAUGCAAACACUUUAAAUGGGAUGAAGCAGGGAGGGAUUUUAUUUUACAUUUUUGUGGGGUGGGAGGGAAGUCGUUGGCAUUGUCCCAAGCCAGAGGCCAAGUAGCUAAUUUGCUGUGAUGCUGAACUGUCUUUGAGAAACGGGAAGUCUCUGCGUUGGGGUGAAUUGCUCGGUGCUCUCCCCUCUGGAGACGCAGCAGUUGGCUGCCGGUUCGUGGGGCAGUUAGCCACUGGCCUCUCUGCCCGGGCCAUCAGAACUCAACUCCCCGAUGUUGUCCUCCCUUGGCUGGAGAGCACGCCGAGAAGGUGGCAUGGUGUUUGCCAGCUGAGAGGCUCGUGAUCCACUGGACUGCUGCCGUGCAGGAGCGAGAGCAGAUAUGGCACAAACAGGUUAUCAGGUGUUUGCUGGCUUUUUGGAGACUAAUGUAUUUUCAAAUUAUUAUGGAAAUCCUUUUCUGUUUGUUUUGUUCUGUUUUUAAAGUUUUUAAUGGAUGCAGGAACAGCAACACUUUUGCACUUUGUACCUAGUGACAACAUUGGAGAGUGAAACGGCCCCAGCACAGGACUCCUGCUGUUACUCCCCAGGUAGUCAGUCACGGAGAAGUUUGGGGCGGGGGGGCCGGGGGGGA